AUGCUGCGACUAGUGCGAUCUUCCCGAGCGUUCCACACCUCUCUCAUCAGAGCCGGAACCCAGGCCAACAUCAACCCUGUGGCCGGCAAGACCGCCGACGAGGUGGACGUGAAGAUCGAGCCCAUUCCCCGACACGGAGAGGAGACUGAGACCAAGCGAGCCCGUCUGCUGUACCAGAGCCGAAAGCGAGGCAUUCUCGAAACCGACCUGCUGCUGUCGCGAUACGCCAAGCUGUAUCUCAAGGACAUGACCCGGGAGGAGCUGGAGGAGUACGACAAGCUGCUGGAUGAGCCCGACUGGGACAUUUUCUACUGGGCCACCCGAAACGACAACAUCAAGCCCUGUCCCGAGCGAUGGGCCAAGAGCCCGGUCAUGGAGAAGCUCCGAGAGCUGGCCGAGAACAAGGAGCGGGAGGUGCUGCGAAUGCCCGAUUUGUAA